AAUGAUUGACCUCGUUGAUUUUCCAAGAAACGAUGAUGGGCAACCCACCCAAUUCCUGAUCCCACAGUCCCUGCCGGCCGCGUUCUUUCCACACUUCAUUGACUUCACAUAGAAGCAGACCAGAACGAGCUCCCCGUGAACUGAAACGGGGUCCUUCAGUUCUUGAUCCAAUCAUGCAUGCAGAGCGAGAGAUGGAGGAGAAGCUGUCGGGAGCGGCGGUCAGUGGCAGCGUGACGACCCUCUUGGAUUUGCUGGAUCAAGACCCGCUCGCUCUCGACAAGAUCAUCGUGUCAUGCACGUCCCGGAACCCCCUCCACGUCUCGUCCAUGCUCGGCCACUCGGAGUUCGUCGGGGCGCUCCUGGCCCGGGCCCCGCAGCUCGCCUCCGAGACGGACCCGGACGGCGGCAACUCGGCCCUCCACCUCGCGGCCGCGAGGGGGCACGCGGGGAUCGUCGGGAUGCUGCUGUCGGCCGAUCCGGCGAUGGCGGCGCGGAGGAACGGGGACGGGCGGACGCCGCUGCACGUGGCGGCGAGCAAGGGCCGGGCGGAGGCGGCGCGGCGGAUCGUCCGGGGGGCAGGGCCCGAGUCGGCGCGGGCCGCGACGGACCAGGGGGAGACGGUGCUGCACGUGUGCGCGGGGAGGAAUCGGGUGGAGGCGCUACGGGCGGUGGUGGAGGAGGCAGGGAGGGAGAUCGUGGAGGAGUUGGUGAAUAGGAGGGAUGGUGAUGGGAACACGGUUCUGCACAUUGCUGUGGCCAAGAAGCAAGUUGAGAUGAUAAAGUUCUUGCUUACAAUCCCAGGACUUGAAGUAAACACACCAAACUCAAGUGGCCUCACAUCACUAGACAUUCUUGAGCAGAGUCCCAGAGGCUUGAGAGACCUUGAAAUUGAGACAGCCCUUCAAAACUCAGGCGCUUCACUCUCCAAAGACAUCCAAUCAAUCCCGUAUCACUAUGAUCCAGUUAUUGACCCCCCACCAAGAAAAACCUCCCACGCCACCACCUCAAGAUCACCUAUAAACUCCCGAUCACUCUCCACCAAGAAAGCCCCAUCAAAGAAACUGAGUACUCGAAGAAAACCCCCGCCGGAAGCCGAUUGGCUUAGCCAAAAGAGAAAUUCCCUAAUGGUGGUCGCGUCGCUGCUAGCGACGGUGGCAUUCCAAGCUGCAAUUACGCCGCCGGGAGGCGUCUGGCAGGAUGACUACAAGGUUGAUGCCAACGGCAACCCGGUGAAGGAGCCCCACUUGGCGGGCACCUCCAUCAUGGCCCAUGUCCAGGGGAUCACCUACGGUCAGUUCAUGAUCUUCAACACGCUAGCCUUCCUGUCCUCCCUCAGCAUCAUCCUGCUCCUCUUGAGCGGGCUUCCUAUAAAGCGGCGACGCUGGAUGUGGAUCCAGAUGGUGAUCAUGUGGCUGGCAAUCACAGGGCAGGCGAUCACCUACUUCAUAGCGCUGCGCAACAUGUCGCCGGCUGACACGCGGGGGAUGCUGAAGGACGUGACGGAUGUGUCGGUGGUGUGCUGGCUGUGCCUGAUGGUGGUGGUGUUCAUGGGGAAUGUGGUGAGGCUAAAUGUGUGGAUGCUGAAGAAGUGGGGUUACUUGAAGAAAAAAGAGAAGAAGGAUUCAGAUGGAGAUGAUGGAGACAAGUACGAGGAAGUGUGAGAGUCUGUGUGCUGAUUAAGUAUAUUGAGUAAAUUGUGGCGGCGGCGUGUUAAGUAUGUGUGAAUUUGUGAUUUUGAUGAGCGGGUUGCCGAUGGUUUUUGAGGUGCUCUGUUUUCUUCUAUUUCUGUUAGAGAACAGAGUAUUGGUCCUAGAGAGAGGGUAAGAUGGAUUCCGCUAGAGAAAUCUCUGGAUGGUCAACGAUUGAAGA